AGGGCCUUUCCUCACCCGCCUGAGCUUGCUUUCAGUUGGCUACUCCACCUGCCACUGGUGCCAUGUGAUGGAGGAGGAGUCCUUCAAGAACAAGGAGAUCGGGGACAUCAUGAACAAGAACUUUGUGUGCAUCAAAGUGGAUCGUGAGGAGCGGCCAGAUGUGGACAAAGUGUACAUGACCUUCGUGCAGGCAACCAGCGGUGGAGGUGGCUGGCCGAUGAGCGUCUGGCUGACUCCGGACCUGAAGCCCUUUGCAGGGGGGACGUACUUCCCUCCUGAAGAUGGACUUCAUCGCGUUGGCUUUCGGACUGUGCUGCUCCGAAUCGCAGAGCAGUGGAAGGAGAACAAGGAUGCCCUGUUGGAGAACAGCCAGAAGAUCCUGGAAGCAUUGCUACGCAGGUCCGAGAUCCGUGUGCGGGGCCAGGAGUCCCCCCCGCCAGCCAAAGAGGUGAUGGCCACCUGUUUCCAGCAGCUCUCCAGCUCCUACGACGAGGAAUACGGCGGCUUCUCCGAAUCCCCCAAGUUCCCCACCCCAGUGAAUGUGAAUUUCCUCUUCACGUACUGGGCCCUGCACCGAACAACUCCAGAAGGUGCCCGGGCGCUGCAGAUGGCUCUGCACACCCUCAGGAUGAUGGCCCACGGGGGCAUCCAUGACCACAUCGCUCAGGGGUUUCACCGCUACUCCACGGACCAGCACUGGCACGUCCCUCACUUUGAGAAGAUGCUGUACGACCAGGGGCAGCUGGCAGCCGCCUACAGCAGAGCGUUUCAGAUCUCCGGCGAUCGAUUCUUUGCCGACGUCGCCCGAGACGUUCUGCUCUACGUCUCGCGGGACCUGAGUGACCAGUUCUGCCCGCAAGCAAAGGCUGAGCUCUCGCUGGCCGUGCGGCGCUGUGCCCCUCUCUGUGCCUGUCGCCGUGCCUGUGCCUACGCAGGGCUGAUGAUCUCGGGCUUUGCCCAGGCUGGGGUGGCCCUGGCCGAGCAGGGGUACGUGAGCCGGGCAGCGCGGGCAGCUGCCUUCCUGCGGAGACACCUUUUCCAGCCCACCAGCGGGAGGUUGCUGCGGAGCUGCUACCGCGGCGAAGACGACGCGGUGGAGCAGAGCACUGUGCCCAUCCAGGGCUUCCUGGAGGAUUACGUCUUCGUCAUCCAGGCUCUCUUCGACCUGUACGAAGCCUCACUGGAGCAGGGCUGGCUGGAAUGGGCCCUGCAGCUCCAGCACACGCAAGACAAGCUCUUCUGGGACCCCGAAGGCGCUGCGUAUUUCUCCAGCGAGGCUGGUGACUCCUCUCUGCUCCUGCGCCUGAAGGACGACCAAGACGGAGCAGAGCCCACCCCCAACUCUGUCGCCGUCACCAACCUGCUCCGAGCGGCUUCUUACUCCGGCCACAUGGAGUGGGUGGAAAAAGCCGGGCAAAUCUUGGCCGCCUUCUCAGAGAGGCUCCAGAAGAUCCCGAUAACCCUGCCAGAGAUGGCCCCGGCCACCCGAAAGCCCUUGUCUGACAAGGGCCACGCUUAUUUUCCUACAGCCUGGAAGCUGCUGCCUGCACCCAGGCAGGAGCUCGGCCCUGACCGCCUGCGGGUCGCGGCAGCUGAUGGUGUUUUCCAUGCUAGGCUGGAAGAUAUUCCCGGCUCCGCGUUGCCCCGGCUCCUGGAUUGCACAUCUCUGUGCCCCAGGCAGUCGGGAGCUGGAAAUGCCCCCUGGAAGGAUGCAGAGAUUGGGUACCAGGUCUGA